UCUGUGGGAGUUAAACAAUCAGAACAACAAACCGCUAAUUUUAGAGGGCAGUGAAAAACCAAAAUUAAUAAACUUUCAAUUUCAUUUCAUUUCAUUUUCAAAUUUAAUGUAAAAAUUUAUCAUCUGAUUACUACAUCAUUCUGGGCAAUUUUCUACAACAGACAUGGAGAAAUCGCAGGAGGAAACGAAGGAAACUGCCACAGCAGUGAGCAAUGAUGCUUACUUUGAGACAAUUCAGAGCAGAAAAAAGCUUUCCGCUUCAUUACAAGAGACGUUGACAGCUGCAUUUGCAACCAUUCCUGUUUCAUCUUUCCCACAAGUCCCUGGUGGAAAAGUUAUUGAAAUUCUAGCAGAGACAUCAGUUUCAGAUGCUGUGAAGGUUCUUUCUGAAUGCAACAUACUCUCGGCUCCAGUAACAAACCCUGAAAAAGCCUACAGCAAUGAUUGGAGGGAGAGGUACCUUGGGAUUAUUGACUACUCGGCAAUCAUAUUGUGGGUUCUAGAAGGUGCUGAGCUUGCUGCUGUAGCUUUAUCUGCCAGCUCAGCAACUGCUGCUGGAAUAGGGGCGGGUGCUGUGGGGGCCAUUGGAGCAAUGGCACUUGGAGCCACAGGCCCAGGAGCGGUUGCUGGGUUAGCUGUUGCCACAGCUGGGGCAGCAGUUGCUGGAGGUUUGGUGGUGGAGAAAGGGGUGGCAAAGGAUGCUCCAACAGCUGCUAGUCAGUUAGGUGAUGAUUUCUACAGAGUCAUUCUGCAAGAAGAACCCUUCAAGUCAACCAAAGUCAAAGAAAUUGUCAAAUCAUUCCGAUCCACACCUUUCCUUCCAGUUUCAACAGAAAGCAAUAUGUUGACAGUCUUAUUGCUCCUAUCCAAGUAUAGGAUGAGAAAUGUACCGGUAAUAGAACCCGGGAAGGCAAUCAUGAAAAAUUUUAUUACUCAAUCUGCUGUUGUGAGGGGCCUUGAGGGGUGUCGUGGACGAGAUUGGUUUGAUGCCAUUGCUGCACAUCCCAUCUCUGAUUUGGGCCUUCCUUUUAUGUCCAGUGAUCAGGUUGUAAGCAUUAACAGCAGUGAGCUAAUUUUGGAGGCAUUUAAGCGGAUGAAGGACAACCACAUUGGUGGCCUUCCAGUUGUGGAAGGACCCAAGAAGAAGAUUAUCGGCAAUCUGAGCAUGAGAGAUAUUAGAUAUUUGCUACUCAAACCUGAUCUGUUUUCCAACUUCAGGCAUCUUACAGUAAGUGACUUCAUGAAGACAGUUGCCUCGACGAGCCACGAGGCGGGGAAAGUUAUGCCUCCAAUAACGUGCAAGACCAACUCCACCCUCGGCGAUGUUGUCCAUAGCUUGGCUUCUAAGUUAGUUCACAGAAUUUACGUGGUAGAUGGGGAGGAAGAUGAAGUUAUUGGUGUGAUAACUCUAAGAGAUGUUAUCUCUUGUUUCAUCUAUGAACCUCCAAAUUACUUUGAUGAUUACUUAGGAUUUUCUGCGGAGGAGUUGCUCAAGAGGUGAAAAUGUCUAAUUUUAAGACAGAAUAAAUAUAUGUAAGAAAGGGUGUUGUGCCAUCUUAAUGUUUAUGGCAUACAAGAAUCUGAAUUGCAAUUGUUCCUUGAUUCACACUUAAAGAUCAUAGUAGUUUUAUUUAAGAAUUAAGAGAGACCAGAAAGAUUAGGUGCAUACUCGCUCUCCAACUCUCGCUUUUAAUUCUUUGCUUAAGAUUUAUAGAAGAAAUUUUGUGAAGUA